UUUGUCUGCUUUUGUGAACCACGGUCCUACAAACAAUCAUGGUUCAGGUAAUGCCGUUUGUUGAGACAAGUCAGCAACUCAUAAAGGACCUGGUUGCUCUGUCUAAAAGAUCCACUCAGCCUGGUAGAAAGGAGAAGAUUGCCAUGGCCACAGCAUUAGAGUUUUCUGUCAUGGUAUUCAUUGGCUUCCUUGUGAAACAGAUCCACUUCCCAAUAAAUAGCAUUAAUGCGGUGGUUGAAUACUUUUGCAUCUUGGGAACUAGUGAACAAGUGAUGGUGUGA